AUGGCCGCCACGAGGAGCACGACGGCGGUGCCGGAGCUGGCCCUGCCCUCCGGGAACGCGAGGCCAGUGCCGGUGAUUGGCCUGGGGACAGCGGUAAUGUUCCAGCCGCCGGAGACUACCAAGGACGCGGUGCUUGCGGCCAUCGAGCUGGGCUACCGCCACUUCGACACCGCCUCCUUGUACGGGACGGAGAAGCCGCUCGGCGAGGGCGUCGCGGAGGCGGUGCGGCGCGGCCUCAUCGAGUCUCGGGAGGAGGUGUUCGUCACGUCCAAGCUGUGGUGCACGCAGUGCCACCCGGACCUCGUCGUCCCCUCCCUCCGGCAGACCUUGGAAAACCUGCAGAUGGAUUACCUGGACCUGUACCUAAUCCACAUGCCCGUCUGCCAGAAGCCCGGGCCGCCUGUGUUCCCGGCCAGGAGAGAGGACGCCCGCCCGUUCGACUUCAAGGGCGUGUGGCAGGCGAUGGAGGAGUGCCAGCGGCUAGGGCUCGCUAGGGCCAUCGGCGUCAGCAACUUCAGGACCAAGCACCUCGACAAGAUGAUGCCUUUUGCCACCAUCACCCCUGCGGUGAACCAGGUGGAGGUGAACCCGGUUUGCCAGCAGCUGAAGCUGAGGGGGUACUGCGCCGAGAAGGGCAUCCACGUCCAGGCGUUCUCGCCGUUGGGAGGCCAGAGCUGGGCGGCGGAAAGAAACGCCGUGCUCGAGUCCGAGGUCCUCGCGGAGAUAGCCAAGGCGAGAGGGAAGACCGUGGCGCAGGUGUCGUUGAGAUGGGUAUUUGAGCAAGGGGUGAGUUUUGUCGUUAAGACCUACAAAAAGGAGAGGCUUAAGGAAAACCUCGAGAUCUUCGACUGGGAGUUGACUGACGAGGACAGGGUCAAGAUCAGCCGGAUCCCGCAGAAGAAGCUUUCUGGCUUCUCAUUCAUGUUCAAGCCGGAAGGUGAGUUCACAUCGGUUGAUGUCUCGGAGAUCAAUCCUAUAGAGGAGUAG